AUGCUAAUGGCGCUGAACACGGAGUGGGCUCAGGUGGAGGUGAUUGACCUGAUCAACGAUGGCUCCGGCCUGGGCUUCGGGAUCAUCGGCGGGAGGUCGACGGGCGUGGUGGUCAAGACCAUCCUUCCCGGAGGCGUCGCAGACAGGGACUCUCGUCUGCGCUCAGGCGACCACAUCCUGCAGAUCGGUGACGUCAACUUGCGUGGGAUGGGCAGCGAUCAGGUGGCGGCCGUCCUGCGCCAGUCGGGCUCGCACGUCCGCCUCAUCGUCGCUAGGCCUGUCGAACCCACCUCGCCUGAUUUCCAGGUGGGUCGGUCCGCCCCGAUCGUCGAGACGCGCGUCCUGAACGACCCGGAGGAGCUCGAGCGUCACCUGAGCCUCCUCCACAACGGCUACCCGCCUACAACGACCGCCGACCCCGUGGUAGCUGCCUCCGGCUCGCCCGCCACCAACGGCCACAUCGCCCCCUACACCAACGGCGACACGGAUGCUCUUACACGAGUUGAAGGCGAGGGCGGGUCGUCGGCCUCGUCCCUGUCGCCGCCGGGCCCGGUGGCCGAGGCGCAGCUCCAGCAGCAGCCGGCCCAGGCAGGAGCCCUUGAGGGCGAGUCUGCCAUCCACACCUACACCGAGGACGACCUGGCACUGGUCGAAGGAGCACUGCCGGAGAUGGAGACCAUCGACGUGGAGGUGACGAAGGACCACCAGGGUCUGGGCAUCACCAUUGCAGGAUACGUGUGCGAGAGAGAGGAGCUGUCUGGCAUCUUCGUCAAGUCGAUCAACAUGGGGAGCGCCGCAGACAGGAACGGACAGAUCCAAGUUAAUGACCAGAUUGUACAGGUUGACGGGAGGAGCCUGGCCGGCCUGAGCAACCACGCCGCGGUGGACGUGCUGCGGGCCACGGGACAGGUGGUGCGCCUCCGCCUGGCGCGCUACCUCAGGGGACCCAAGUACGAGCAGCUCCAGCAGGCCAUCGCGAACUCGGAGCUCAAGACCACGCCUACCACGCCCAACCCACCCAGAGCUCAGAUGCCGGACAUGGGCGCAAAGUCCCGGGCCAAACUGUACCCCCAGUCCGGGCGUCCGCAGGCCCUCAGGUUCCACGCCAGGGUAGGAAUGCCUAUGGGCGAACUCCCCAGCAGCGAGGCCAUUCGAACAGCUCUCGGGGACCUCGAAAUGAAUGUGGAAGACCCAGUCAUGGUGGAGGCCAUCAACCCAGCACUCUCUGCACCUACCUCCUCGUCAACAAUCAUCGCCGACGUGCCUACCUUCUCCACCAUCUCCAACCAGCCGCUGCAGCCCCCAGUUUUAUCCUCCGGGAUGAACUCCUCCUAUGCGACCACCACCAAUGUGCCUCAACUGUCCUCUGGCGUCCCUCCGUUGUCCUCCGGUACCAGUACAGACAUCCGACUCGAAGACAUUGAGUUGAUGAUCGACAGCAAUUACUCUGGAGAGCUGCGACCCUCCGUGGAGAAUGCCAUCAAGCGGAAAUGGUCAAGGAUCGUUGGACCUGAAUUCGAGAUAGUCGUUGCCCAAUUAAGCAAGUUUGAAGAAGGGGGUGGCCUGGGCAUUAGCCUCGAGGGAACAGUGGACGUAGAAGGAGGAAGGGAGGUUCGUCCACACCACUACAUCCGCUCCAUCCUGCCCGAUGGCCCAGUUGGAAAGAAUGGGCGUCUGUGCAGUGGGGACGAGCUCUUAGAGGUUAAUGGACAGAAGUUGCUUGGCCUAAAUCAUGUUGAAGUUGUUGGAAUACUGAAAGAACUCCCAGGAUCUGUUCGCCUGGUUUGUGGUCGACGAGCCCCAGGUGCACCACCUCCCCUUCACCCUAUUGACGCUCCUACAGCUGAUCGGGACACGUUUGCGGCAAGGAAUAUCCUUGGUGGUUCUCUCCAAAAUCUUAUCCCUGGAUCGGAACGCCUCGUCAAGGCCAAGUCUGAUGGAUCCUUGGCAUCCUCAGCCACUGCAGCCACAAAUGAUACUUCCUUCAACCGCAUGAAGAGCCGCAGCCUUGAACCGCUAACUGGCCUGGCCAUGUGGAGCUCCGAGGCUCAGAUCAUCGAGUUGAUGAAGGGCGAUAGGGGAUUGGGCUUCUCUAUUUUGGAUUAUCAGGAUCCACUAAACCCACAAGAAACAGUGAUAGUGAUUCGCUCACUUGUUCCCGGGGGUGUGGCAGAGAAAGAUGGCCGUUUGAUACCCGGUGACCGUCUCAUUGCUGUCAAUGGAACCAAUCUAGAAAACGCAACUCUUGAUCAAGCAGUAGCAGCCCUGAAGGGAGCACCAAAAGGCCCUGUUUCAAUUGCUGUAGCCAAACCAAUCAGCGUUCUGGAAUCGACUGGUCAGGCUCAGACACCAGACAGCGACGACCCGACGGCCUCGCACCCUCGCCGCAACCUGCUCGACGCUAUCCUGGGCGAGUUCGGAGCCUCGGGCGACGGGGACCUGCACGACAACCAGCUGCUUGAUAGGACCGAUGGCGGGGACGAAGAAGACGACGAGGAGAGGGGAGAAGAAGAGGACAGAGACGAUGAAGAGGACUUGGACGAUCACAUGUACAGAGGACAUAGGCACUCUGGUUCCAUCCUCUCGUCGACGGGGUCUGAGGUCCCCCCGCUCCCCCUCUCGUCCCCCCCACACACUCCAGCCUUCCCCACCGACGAGGAGGAGGAGAUCACGGAGUACGACAAUGAGCUGAAGUGUGGCGCUCCCGAGGAUAAGGAUGGAACCUCAGCGUCCAAGGAACCUCCUGACCUCACACUCAGCUUACCGUCGCCGUCGGCCCUGCAACCUCCAUGCAGCCACGACCCGGCAGAAGUCGUGUCGCCCGUCAGCGUGUACAAGGCGUCCGUGCUGAUGGUUCCUGUGGCGACGGAGCGACUCAUCGGCAGCGUCCCCACCAACAUGGCCGCCGCGCCCUCCACCACCUCCCUCCCCACCACCCAGCACUCCUCGCAGACGCACGCCGCCUACGCCCACGGUACGGGCGGCGGCGCGGGCUCGGGUGACGAGGACCAGACCACGCCCCAUUCAUCCCCGCAGCUGUCACGAUGGGCGGCCCAGGUACCGCCCCUCCCCAAGGAAAUGGAAAGGACCAUCAAGAUCAAGAAGGGCGCCGACCAGCUGGGCGUCAACAUCGAAGUGGUGGACCAGGGUGUGAACGGCGUGGUGGUCUCGUCGCUGGUGAGGAACGGCGCUGUGCACAAGGACGGCCGUCUGCACGCGGGGGACUUCAUCCUCAGCGUCAACAACGAGUCCAUGAGGAACAUCACCAAUUCCCAGGCCAGAGCUAUCCUCAGGCGCACUCAGCUGGUCAGCACCGACGUCAGCAUCUGCUACAUUCGAGGGCAGGACGCAGCUGCCUUCCGCGAGGCCUCUCUGCUGCAGUAUCGGGCGGGACAGCAGGAACAGCAUCAGCAGUCCCAGCAGCCGCAGCAGCAGACCAGUCCCAGGAUUUUCCCGAAGUACUACCGGUCACCGUAUGUGCCCCGGGGUGACAGUUCAGAAGACGAAACUGGUGGUGGCAUCAAUAGCGAUCUCACUCGCUCUAUCACUGCCCCAUCCUUCAUCACCAGAGACCUCAGGUCACGUGAUCCUAGUCAUGAGGAUCUUUUAGGAUCUAUCUCCAGCCUUCCGCACCAACCAGAGACUGAAGUUGGAGGACUUACUGUUAUCAACAUCAAACACGCCUUGAGUGAAACUCUUGCUGAGACACGUGCCGAGGAAUCUAACAUCUCUUCUGUUCACAUUGGAGGCGAAGAGAACAAGAAUAUUGAAGACGACAGUGAGGAAGGACCAUUUACAAUAACCUUCAAGAACGUCUCUGAAGCACAUCCAGAGUACAACCCCAAAGUAGGCCUAGAACCAGAAGCAGAGGACCACGAAGUUUUAGGGGUUCUUCAGGGUGAUGGAGGUCUCACAGCGGCACCUUCUGAAGGUCGUUCAUCCACAGCAAGCCCAAUGCUUGACGGCAAACACUGGGGUCCCGAACGCACUGUUGAGGUGCGUCGGGAUGACAAAAACUCCCUUGGCAUCUCCAUUGUUGGGGGUAAAGUUGACCUUAGCUGGUCUGGGUCUUCUGUGACUGGCAUCUUCAUCAAAAAUGUGCUACCAGAUUCUCCAGCAGGAAAAGGAGGUCACCUGAAGACUGGUGACCGUAUCCUUGAAGUUGAAGGGGUUGACCUUCGUGGUGCCACCCAUGAAAAAGCAGUUGAAGUCAUUAAGAAAACGGGAAAUCCUGUUACUUUUGUUGUGCAAAGUCUUGUGCAAUGGACACCUGCCAACUCAGCGCCUCCUUCGCGAGAUGCAAGCCGCCUGGGCACUCGGGUGCCUAACUCCAUCUCUCCUGCUAGAACACCAACUCCAGAACUCAUCCAGCCGGGUUUGCCGGACCACAAGAAGCAGGAGAUCCAGGCUAAUCUACACCAUCCUCUGAACCGCCGUCAGACCACAGAAGACUCUGAGGAUGAGGCAGACGAUGAGCGUUAUGAGCAGGGUCGCAUCGAGACCAAGAAGGGUGUGGAGAUUGAUCGAGCUAGUGCUGGUGCCAUCAGACGAUCAAAGGCAGAUAAGGCUGCGGAUCAGGAGGAAGAGGAUGAAUUUGGAUACACCAAAAAGAAAAUCGCGAAGAAGUACGGCGACCUGAAGGGCGAGGUGAUUCUGGUGGACCUGCAGAAGGGCGCCAACGGCCUGGGCAUCUCCCUGGCCGGUAAUAAGGACAGGACCCUCAUGUCGGCCUUCAUCUGCGGCCUCAACCCCAACGGCAACGCCUUCAAGGACGGCCGGCUCAGGGUGGGGGACGAGAUCCUCGAGGUUAACGGCAAUGUCAUCUACGGCCGCUGCCAUCUUAACGCCUCCAGCAUCUUCAAGAGUAUCCCAGGACCCACCGUCAAGGUCAUCGUCCUCAGGAAGAAGACCGGCCUACAGGAGAUGGCCAUUAAACCCAUCACCCAGUUCCCGGUCACGCUGGAAGAUGAGACACCAGAGGAAAAGUAUGCACGCUUCAAGGGGCUCACGAACAUCAUUAUGAAGAAGGGUUCGACAGGCCUGGGCAUUAUGAUCAUCGAGGGUAAACAUGCAGAAUAUGGCCAGGGUAUCUUCAUAUCAGAUUUACAGGAGGGGUCUGUAGCUGCAGAGGCUGGAUUGCUGGUAGGAGACAUAAUUCUUUGUGUAAACAAAGAAGAAAUGGUUGGAGUUGAUUAUGAUCAGGCAACCAACAUUCUCAAGAAAACUGAGGGUGUUAUCAACAUGUGGGUAGCCAACCCAGCAAGAGCAGCAGGCAGCGAUCCAAAGAAGCCCGCUCCAGGCAAAAAGCCAGAUGUGCCACCCAAACCUGCCUUGGGACCUAAACCUGCCCUGCCCGCCAAACCACCAUCGAUCUCUUCCUUGCCCCCCCCUGCGGCCACACCUGUGACAUCAUCAACGGAAAUCCAAACGGCCCCCUCUUCCCCUCCUAUUCCAUCUGGCCGCGCUGCUCCUGUGGAACGGUUGUCCUCGCAUGGCUUGGCCUCCAUCACCUCAACGACUUCCUCGAUAUCAACUGCAUCUUCUCCCUCUUCACUUGUUACAACAGAGGAGCCUAAACAGAAGGGUGCAGCUGCUGCUCAAGGACCAAAAGAGAAACCAGCUCCUACACCAGAGCCACCAAAAGAGGACCCAGCAACAGCAGAAAUCCGGCCAGGCAGAGAAACCACCAUAGAAAUUGUGAAGGAGAAGAUGGGUCUUGGCCUGUCCAUUGUGGGUGGCUCUGAUACACUCCUGAGAGGUGCUAUCAUCAUCCAUGAAGUUUACCCUGAUGGUGCAGCUGCUAAGGAUGGAAGAUUGAAACCAGGUGAUCAGAUUCUUAAUGUGAACAAUGAGAACUUCAGGGACAUAACACACCAGAAAGCUCUAAGUGUUCUACGACAGACGCCAUCAAAGGUAAAAAUGGUUGUUUACCGUGAAGAGGGAAGCCAGAAGGAAGAAGAUUUGUAUGAUAUUAUCACCGUCCAACUCACAAAGAAGUCUGGCAAGGGUCUUGGACUUUCUAUAGUUGGACGUAAGAAUGGCCCUGGUGUCUUCAUCUCUGAUGUGGUUCCGGGUGGUGUGGCUGAGAGUGAUGGCCGGCUCAUGCAAGGUGAUCAGAUCCUUGAAGUGAACGAUAAAGACCUUCGCCAGGCUACCCAGGAGCAGGCAGCCGCUAUUCUCAAGUGUGCUCCAGGUUCUGUCAGUAUGAAAUUAGGAAGACUUAAGGCUGGCAAGAAAGCUAACUCCAAUAACAACGCGAAUAACACAUGGCCAGUGACAAUAAGUGACAGCUCCCCUGAGGGCAGCACCAAAGUCCCGCCAGAACCCCCUGUCCCCAUCCCCCGCACACAUCUGCCUCCGCUCAUCCAGCCACACCACCUGCCACCCCAGACACCACCCCUGCAACAGCAACAGCAGCAGAUUCAGCCAAAGGAACCCCAGGAAACAUCAGGUAUCAGGACAAUCUUGCUGGAGCGACGUGAUGAUGGCCUUGGGUUCUCGAUCGUUGGAGGCUUCGGCUCCAAUUUAGGUGAUUUGCCAAUAUAUGUGAAGAGUGUCUUUGAACGUGGUGCCGCAGCUCGUGAAGGAUCCCUAAGGCGUGGAGAUCAGAUUCUUGAAGUGAAUGGAGAAUCACUAGCUGGACUGACCCAUGCAGAAGCAGUAUAUAUUCUGAAAGAAGCAAGGGGAACUGUAGCACUCACCAUUUUGCCAUCUAAGUAAUACCCAGAACUGUUACAUUUUUUAUUUUUCAAUUUUGGUGUUUAAUAGUUGUGAAUGAAGGGCAGUUCUGCAAGACGUAUAUUUGUGACAUAUUUGUUAAGAAAUCUUGGCUGCAAUGUUUGUAUAAGUUGUAUCAUCAUGAAACAGAAAUUGUCCUUACUACAAAGGCUUCCUGUAAUUUUCUUUUUAAGCCAUGUGACUGUGUCAGAUGCUUGAUAUGAUCAGUUUUAAUUUGUAAAUGCUCACAGGGACUCUUAAUGACUUAUCAUAUAUACAGACAGAGUAUAAGUAAGACAGAAAAGAAGUAAUCUUUGAUACUGCACCAAUGUGUGGCCUUUAGAAAUUUAAGAUAGUUUCAAAGUAGCCUUGUGCCCACAUAAAGAAUGGUAAUGUGAUUCUUUAUUUAUUUUUUUAAUCAUAUUUUUUCUUGUAAAUCCCUUGAUUGAAAUGGACAUGAUAAUGAAACUUAAAACCUUAAUAGACCCUUCCCUAGAAUUUGAAAACCGAAAAAAAAAAGGAAUCUGAAUCUAGUAGACUUGAUAGAUGUUCUAGAGGUGGAUAAGUAAAGAUCUGCACCUGCAUUAAAUUUGCAAAGAUUUGUCUUUGAUGUAAAAGUGAGAGAGAAAAAAAAAAAGCUGUUAUAAUGUCUGAGGCAAAAAUCUUGUUUAACCUAUGUGUAACAUUGAGAAAUGUAUACAGUUUAAGGUUGCACACUUAACUUUCAAUAGGUCUUAUCUCAAGCUGUGUUCAUAUCCUUGAUUGGGUGUGAUUAUUUAGAUUAUGUAUACAUCCAAUUUCUUCAGCCAAUUGUGAGUUUUACUGCAGUGUGUAUAUAUACAGUAUGAUCAUUUGCAGUUUUACAGUUCCAAUAAAUGUAAUAGUAUGCAUACUAUUAUUAAUUAGUUGGCUAGAUAUUUUCCCCAAGUCUAUUUGGCAUAUCAGAUUCCUAUUGGUAUUAUGUGCAGGCCUAAGCCAUUUGUUUUUGAUAGAGCACUAUCCAUAGAGUCUACCGUUCAUGUUGUUGAUUGCUUGAUUACAAAAAAGCCUUGUUAAUCCAAACCAACAUGACUGCUUGUUGAAAACCUUUGAUUUUAUCUUGAUUUUUAGGUGGAUUGCUUAAAGUGAUUGUUUAAUAUUUGUUUUGUCAAUCUGUGGGUAUGAAUUAUUCUUAGGAGUUUCCAUGUUGGGAUUAAGAAGGUUUUAUAAUGCAUCUGUUAUUGUUAUGGAUUUUACCUCUUGAUUCUGAAACAAUAAUUUUCGUAGGGUUGUAUUAUUCAUUAUAGAAUUUAGAGGAGCAUUUCUAUGGUGUUGUUGGAUGAUGAUGAUCAAAUGCUUCUCUUAGGUUAAGCAUAAUUAGGGCAUUAUUUUAUAAUUAAAACUUACUUUCCACCAUGAAUUCAGCACUGUGCAAUAUGGGACUUCAGCCUUAUUUGUUUAUUAAUAGUCCCAAAGGGUAUUGCAGUUCUGAAAUGUUCUAAAAACAGUGUUUGGAUAUUGCCGACAGAGACUUGUUGAAACUUUGUGUAUACUGCCAUACUGUAACUUCCCCUGAACAAAGGGAAGGUGAUAUAGCUAUCUUCCCCAUAACACCUGACCCCCAUGCAUCCCCAAAAGCCUCCAUAAUAGAUUAGCAGGCAUGUGUACCAUGGACGGUUACUGCUGAAAACCAGGGGCCAUCUAUCCCAGCAUAAUGUUUAGUCAUGUUUUCAUGGUAAACUGACAAAAAAAGAUAUAUAUAUAUAUAUAUAUAAAUAUACAUAACAUGAAGCUGUGUUCUGCGUGGUUGAUCCAAAUAUCUAUACCUAACCAUGAAACAGACUAACAGCUCAUCCACAAAAAAUAAUGAAACAAAUAGAGAAAAAAGAAACAUAUACCACAGAAACAGGUUGAGCUUACAUAGCACUGUGCAGUCUGUUCCCCAGCUCAUGUUAACAUCUUUUUAUCAUCUAUGCAAUAAGGCAGUAAUAUGAAAUAAAGAUUUCUCAUUA